AUGCAGGAAUUUGUGAUUGCGGUCCGCCGCUCGCGUCGCGCACUUUGUGGAAAGAGUACAACUUUUCGUACACAAGUGGCAACACCCACUGAGCGGACAACCCGAUGUGAAGACUUUACACGCAGCAUCGCAGAUUUACUGAACGAUUUAAGCGAGGGAAUGAACGAAACAGUAACGCUAUUUGAAAUACGGGCUGCUUGUGCUGAAGCCACGGUUUACGACAGUGAGAAGACCGACACUGAUGAUGAGUCUUAGAUUGCGAAGCUGCCGAAAUAAUGACUUGGCGAAAGACCGACUAUAGUGUCGCGAGUGAAAUUAAUGCCAAGCAAAUUUAACCGUGCAGCAACAAUUACCAACAACACCAUGGAAAGCAUUAAAAAAAUUAGUUCACGUCUAAUAACAAGUAUUAAUACUGCGAAGUAAAGUUAA